AAUGCUGAUCAUUUUUAUCCCCGAUACUGUUGCUUACCCCUUUCUCUCUCAAUUCUUCCCUUAUUUUUCUUUUUUCUUUUUGGGUCUUUAAAUGAUCUUUGCAUAUCUCCAUCUGAUUUCUGCUUCAGCAGUCAAAGAUUAUACUUUUCUAUAUGUUUUACAGAAGAAAAGUUUGAUUCGAGUAUUGUUGUUUCUUUCGUAUUUCUUAUAAUAGGUUUAAAAUACUCAAAUUAAAAAUAAUUGUUUUGAAUGUUGAAGGAAGAUCGGGCAUUAUUAACAGAUGAGAUAAUUUUGUAGUUGCUUCUAUUGAAUAAAUUUCAGGAGAAGACUCUAACAUGAUAAUGAAUUUAUUUGAGAUUUUGAGGGGGGUUUCAGUUAAGGUGCAUCUCAUACCUCGAAAGACCAAAUGCAAUAUUAUUAUUUUCUUAGAUAGAGGCUUAGGUCAAUACAUUACAUUACAUUUGUCUUCUUCUCUUAAAACUUUUAGAAGUCGUGAAUGGUGCUUUUACUCUCAUGAGUUCAAAAAAGAUAACACAUCUUAUGAACUGCAAAAAUAUUACAUUGGAUGUUUGGCUUUGUUUGAGUGAAAUAGGGGAAGAAAGUGAAAACAUUAACACGUUACAGAGCAAAGUGAGUAAAAAGUGUUUCUAUAGAUUCUUGAUUUUUUUACUUUCCUUCUUUCAAUUAUUACAUUCUGAGCACUCUUUUUGUUUAUGUCUCGAAUUUUUCUUCUUUUAGAAGGGCAUAGAGGUCCCAAUUCCUUGCUUAGCUCAUUAUCCGACUCAAUUACUCACUCAACUAUCCCAAAUUAUUUCUUGAAGUCUAUAGAAGAGAGUAGUGUCACAUGACAGUCACGUGACUGAGUAGUUAGCUGUAACUAAUUAUUGGAUUGGCGGUUAUGUAGUUAGUGGAGAAGUAAGUUUGAUUAGUGUAUCAGUGUAUAUAAAUAGUGGAUAGCAUUGUAUUGAUUGAAUACAAUCAAUGAGAAGAGCUCAGUUCAUUUGCUCUCUAUGAAAUUCUCUUUCUAGAAUUUUCUCCUUCAUCAGUUCUUCAUCAUAGAUCGAGCUAAUUCUCGAUCUUCAUCAUGGUAUUAGAGCACGAGAGCUAGAUGCAUGCUCACUGUGAUUGAUUCUCUCAGUUUUACAGAUCAAUUCUAAGGUUGUUGAUUGCCCGAACUUUCAUCGAUCAGUUGACCUAAAAUUCUUUUUUCUUCUGAUUUGCAACUGGUGAAUCUGCAAUUUGUUGAAUCAAAGAUUAAUUCAGCUGAACUUGUCAACCAUGGCGAUUGAAGAAGAUAACUCUAUUGCUAUUGGAACGAGUGCUGGAGUAAUCAUAGAUCAUCAUCAUCCUCUGUAUUUACAGCCUUGUGACACUCCAUGUAGUUCUUUGAUCUCUAUUCAAUUGACUGGAUCUGAAAAUUAUGCGUUGUGGAGCAUAUCUAUGAAAAUAGGUCUAAUUGGUAAAAGUAAGCUAGGAUUUGUUGACAGUCGUUGCACUAAAGAUAAAUUUGGUCGAUCCUUACAUGAGCUUUGGGAGAAAUGCAAUGCGAUAGUCCUAUCGUGGAUCAUGAAUGCAGUAAGUAGUGACCUACUUAGUGGAAUUGUGUAUAAAUCUAGUGCUCACAAAGUUUGGACUGAUUUGAAGGAUAAAUUUGAUAAGGUAGAUGGAUCUCGUAUUUUCUAUUUGCACAAGGAGAUUGCUACUCGAUCGCAGGGGAUCUCCUUAGUGUCUGCUUAUUUUUCAAACUAACAGAUCUCUGGGAAGAAUAUGAUGCAUUAAUGCCUUGCCCUGGGUGAGACUGCCCAGAAUCCAAAAGCUAUUCUGAGCAUUUUGAGUAUCAAAGGCUUUUACAGUUUCUAAUGGGGUUAAAUGAAACAUAUAGUCAACAUAGGAGUCAGAUUUUGAUGAUGAGCCCAGUUCCUUCAGUAAACAAGGCCUACUCCAUGGUAGUUUCUGAAGAAAGCCAAAGAGCCUUGGGAAAAUUUUCUCAGUCUGUAGCCUAGGAGAUGGUACAACAUUAUUCACAAACAGAGGAACAAAUUCAGAAAAUAAUUAUAAGUCUAGGAGAGGAAAUCUAUUCUGUGACUAUUGUAAUUUCAAAGGGUAUACAAGAGAAAAUUGCUACAAGUUGCAUUGAUAUCCAACUGAUUUUAAAGCAAGAAAGAGAGCAACAGGUUUUCCUCAAAAACAUAUGGCUAAUGCAACAACACAUGAAGGGCAGCAGACAAUAACAAAGCAGUUUACUACUGCAACUUCACAGGAGGGACAACAAGCAAUGAAUGCAUCUACUGCAAGUCCAGCACAGGGAAUGCCAAUUACAUUUACACAGGAACAAUAUGAUCAAAUAUUGAAGCUGAUCAACAAGGUCACAUGUGAAAAUUCAGGUUUUGUAGGUACAACUAAGGCCUUUAUUACCAAUGAAAAUAUUAACAAUGAAAAGUGGAUAGUGGAUCUGGUACGACCAAUCAUAUGGUUCACACUAAAGAGCUACUUGACAAAAUAAAUAAUGAGAUUCUAGGCAAUGCACCAAAGGUAUAUUUACCUGAUGGAACUUCUCUUGAUGUUGAGUGCACUGGAGAAAGUAAAAUUGGACCUUUACAGUGGGAAGGUGAAGGGGAUUGGUAAGGAGUUGGGAGGUUUGUACAAGUUGCAGCAUCAGAAACUGAAAGCUAAAGCUGCAAAUGUGCAAAUUCAAGAUCAUUCUGUACAGGAGGAAGAUUUGAGAAUAUGGCAUGGAAGGCUUGGACAUGCCCUAGACAGAGUUGUGAAGCAGAUUCCAAACAUGAAGUUAAACCCGCUAGAGAUGGAAUAAAGGAAUGUACAAUUUGUCCUUUGGCUGGACAAGGGAGAUUGCCUUUCCCUAAGAGUAUAAGUAGAUCAGAUAAACUUUUUCAAAUGAUUCAUGUAGAUGUUUGGGUCCCAUAUAGAAUACAAACUCAUAGUGGACAUAGAUUCUUCCUUACUAUAGUAGAUGACUGCAGUAGAAUGACCUGGAUUUACUUACUGAGGCUUAAAAGUGAUGUGGUUGUAUGCUUGAAACAGUUUUUAGCAUUAAUAAAUACUCAGUUUGAUGUGACUGUGAAAGUAUUAAGGAGUGAUAAUGGAUCUGAGUUCUUUAAUUCUGAAUGCAACAAUCUAUUUCAGUCUUACGGAAUCCUUCAUCAAAGUUCUUGUGUUCACACUCCACAACAAAAUGGAGUAGUGGAGAGGAAACAUAGACAUAUAUUGGAAGUGGCUAGAGCCAUUAGUCUACAAGGUUUUUUGCCUCUGAAGUUCUGGGGGAAUGUGUACAAGCUGCUGUCUAUAUGAAUGGGUUGCCUUUAUCAGUGUUAUCAGGCAAAUCAUCUUUUGAGAUAGUGUAUGGCAGAGUGCUAUCUUUACAACAUAUGAGGACCAUUGGUUGUCUGUGUUUUGCUAAGUCGGUAGGGGAAGGAGACAAGUUUGCAGGUAGAUCAAUUGGAGCUGUCCUAAUGGGGUACUCAUCAUCCUAGAAGGGGUACAAACUGUAUAAUAUCUUAACCAAUUCUUUUUUUGUAAGCAGGGAUGUCAAGUUUAUGGAGCAUGUUUUUCCCUUCCAAUUGCUCAACGAAGGAAAAUUGCAGUUAUUUCCCAAUGGUGUACUGGAUUUUCUAUUCACUAAUGAUGCAGGUUCACUUCAGGGUGCAAAUGGUCCAGACCAAGCUACAUAACCGGAUGACACUUUAAUCCAAGCAGAUGCAGAUAAUCAUGGUGAAGAAAUGCAAAUUCCAUCACCAGACUCUUUGUCUCUUGAAGACAUACAGCAUCAGCAACACAUUUCUUUAGAACAAGAGACAUCUAACCAUAAUGAGCACCAGUUGAGAAAUUCAACCAGAACUGCUAAGGAACCUUUGUGGAUGCAAGACUAUUUUGCAAUAGUUCCCUAACGAAGUCAGAAGGCAAGCAAGUUUGCAGAUAUCCAAUGCAGGACUACUUGACACAUACCAGGUUAUCUAGUAAGUUUCAUGCCUAUAUGUCCAAAAUCACCAGUACAAGAGAGCAUAUGAAUUAUGAAGAAGCUGCAUCAGACUCCAAAUGGAUGGAGGCCAUGAAUCAAGAACUGAAGGCACUCAAGGAUAAUAGAACGUGGAGCUUGGUUGACCUACUAGCAGGGAAGACACCUAUUGGAUGCAAGUGGGUGUUCAAGAUAAAAUACAAAGCCAAUGGGGAGGUUGAAAGAUACAAGGCACGACUAGUUGCUAAAGGAUAUAAUCAAAUAGCAGGUCUAGACUAUCAGAAAACAUUUUCCCCUGUAGUCAAGGUGGUGACAGUAAGAGUAGUCAUAACUUUAGCUGCUGCUAACAGAUGGAAUCUAUAUCAGAUGGAUGUGUAUAAUGCCUUUUUACAAGGCGACCUCACUGAAGAAGUCUAUAUGUGUUUGCCACAGGGAUUUCCCAGCCAGGUGGAGAAAGUAUGUAGGCUGCAUAAAUCCCUAUAUGGCCUAAAGCAGGCCUCAAGACAGUGGAAUCUAAAACUGACUGAGGCACUGAUCAACUCAGGUUUUGUGCAGUCACUUUGAUUAUUCCCUAUUCACAAAGAAGCAAGGGACAAAGCUAGUAAUUGUACUGUGUAUGUAGAUGAUCUCCUGAUUACUAUGAAUGAUCAAGGGUUAAUCUCUGAGGCCAAGAGUAUGUUGCAAAGUAAUUUCAAGAUCAAGGAUCUAGGGGAAUUGAAGUUCUUCCUUGGAAUAGAGAUAGCAAGAUCCAAGAAGGGAAUAUUAAUGAAUCAAAGGAAAUUUGUUGUAGAACUUAUCACUGAUCUUGGACUGUCAGGGUCAAAACCAGUAACUACAACAAUGGAGUGUAAUCAAAGGUUCACAACUGUAGAAUAUGAUCAAUGUGUGAACUCUAAAGAAGAUGAGAAGUUGGGAGAUCCAGGUCCUUAUCAGAGGUUAGUAGAAAAGUUGUUGUACCUCACCAUGACUCGACCAGACAUAUGCUAUGUAGUUCAUGUACUGAGCCAAUUCAUGAAUUGUCCAAAUAAGUCUCAUAUAGAAGCAUCUAUAAGGGUUGUCAAGUACAUCAAAGGAGCUCCAGGUUUGGGCUUGUUAAUGAGCUCAGAACAGUCUGCUAAGUUGACAGCAUUUUGUGAUGCAGAUUGGGCAUCAUGUCCAAUCUCCAGGAGAUCUGUAACAGGCUAUGUGAUGAAAUUGGGAAGUUCAUUAGUGUCAUGGAAGUCCAAGAAGCAAUGUACAGUAUCAAGGAGUUCAGCAGAGGCAGAAUAUAGGAGCAUGGCAGCAGGAGUUGCAGAAAUUUCAUGGUUGACAGGACUUUGUAAAGAACUAGGAGCAGAAGUUGAGCUACCAGUUGAGCUGCACUGUGACAGUAAAGCAACAAUUUAAAUUGCUGCGAAUCCCAUAUUUCACAAUCAUACAAAGCACAUAGAGAUAGACUUGCACUUCAUAAAAGAGAAAAUACAACAAGGAAUUGUCAAUACUUUAAGAAAAUACAACAAGGAAUUGUCAAGACAAAGUACGUAAUGUCAAAGGAUCAAGAGGCAUACUUAUUCACAAAGGCACUAGGAAGAUCACAGUUAGGAGUGCUCAAUCUAUUUGCACCACCUAGCUUGGGGGGGGGG